AUGCAGGCCAUUUUUCUCCUUUUACACAAGUGGAAAGGAUUUGAGUGGAAUGAAGAGUGCGCUAUAGCUUUCCAACAGCUAAAGGAAUACCUCGCCCAACCACCAAUUAUGUCCAGUCCCGAUGCCGAUGAGAUUUUGUUUGCUUACAUCGCAGUAGCCCCACAUGCAGUAAGCUUGGUGCUAAUCCGAGAAGACAACGGCAUACAGCGGCCAGUCUAUUACGUUAGCAAAUCGCUGCAGGAGGCAGAAACCCGUUAUCUUCCCCUCGAAAAGGCAAUCUUGGCCAUCAUACAGGCCACACAAAUGCUUCCCCACUACUUUCAAGCACACACUGUAGUAGUGCUAACUCAACUCCCUUUAAAGUCCUUCCUGCGCAGCGCCGAUUACACAAGCAGGAUUGCAAAAUGGGGAACGAUUCUGGGCGCCUUCGACAUUAGAUACAUGCCUCGCACCGCUGUAAAAGGCCAGGUCCUCGCCAACCUAGUGGCAGAAUUCGCUGAGCCCACACUAGAAGGAAAAGAAGUGUCGGUAUUACUAGGGGCUGAUGAGAAGGUGAUCAGCACAGUUUCUCCGCAUGGACACACUUGGUGGAAAGCAUACAUUGAUGGCGCAACGAAUCAAAUGGGCUUAGGGGUAGGACUUGUCCUGCUCUCACCUGAAGGGAUAACCAUAGAGAAGUCAUUAAGACUAGGAUUUCCGGCCACGAAUAAUGAAGCCGAAUAUGAGGCGCUAUUGGAGGGAAUGUGGAUGAUCCGGAAAAUGGGGGGGAAAUCUGCGGACAUGUUCUCGGAUUUGAGACUCAUCAUGGGACAUGUAAAUGGAGACAUGGAGGCAAAGGACGAAAGAAUGCAAGAGUAUCUGGUUUGGGUUAAGCAUUUACAGACUCAUUUUCAUCACUUUCACUUAACGCACGUACCCAGAAGUGGGAACACUCAUGCUGAUUCUCUCGCAAUGUUGGCUACCUCCUCGGCUCAGCCCCUCCCUCGAGUCAUUUUGGUAGAAAAGCUCAUCCGUCCACUAACGGAGAAGACCAACGGGACUGGAGUGCAUAACAUCAGGGCAGGACCGAGUUGGAUGGAUCCUCUAAUGCUGUACUUAAAGCACGACACAUUGCCAGUUGAUAAGGUUGAGGCUGACAAAAUCAGGAGAAAAGCUACUCGAUUCUGGUUGUCGGAGGACUCCAAGCUUUACAGACGCUCGUUUUCGGGGCCGUAUUUACUGUGUGUGCACCCAGAGGCUACUGAACUCAUCCUGGAAGAGUUACACGAAGGAGUUUGCGGAAGUCACACGGGGGGUAGGUCUUUGUCUCACAGGGCUUUAACGCUGGGUUAUUAG